CCACAGAUGCGCUGCCUGACCACGCCCAUGCUGCUUCGGGCCCUGGCCCAGGCCGCACGUGCAGGGCAUCCCAGUGGCCGGAGCCUCCACAGAAGCACAGUGGCAGCCACCUACAGACAAGGAGGGAGCUGCCAGGUGUGAGCCCUGGGAACUGUGCCUCUUCAUCAGGACCCCAGUACCCAAGCCCCUUCCAACCCCCAUCAACUCCUGGCCACACAGGCACAGGGAGAAGCUGGCGAGGACUGCCCAGGGCCUGAGGCUGGCCUCGAGGGUGCUCACUGAGGCGGGAGAGGUUUGGUGAAUGAACAAACCCCUGGGGGGCCCAGCUGUUGCACCUAGAAGGAGGCCAGGCCUCGUCUCCCUGAGCUGGAGUCCUUGGGGAGGGCCUGUGUGAGGCCUGCUGCCACGGCCUCUCCGCCCUCCUCCCCUGCAGAAUAUGUGAACAUGCGGGAGCCCUCAAUGGACAUGAAGUCGGUGACCGACCGGGCAGCUCAGACCCUGCUGUGGACCGAGCUCAUCCGAGGCCUGGGCAUGACCCUGAGCUACCUGUUCCGAGAGCCAGCCACCAUCAACUACCCAUUUGAGAAGGGCCCACUGAGCCCGCGCUUCCGCGGCGAGCAUGCGCUGCGCCGGUACCCGUCCGGGGAGGAGCGCUGCAUCGCCUGCAAGCUCUGCGAGGCCGUCUGCCCAGCCCAGGCCAUCACCAUUGAGGCUGAGCCUCGGGCCGAUGGCAGCCGCCGGACCACACGUUACGACAUCGACAUGACCAAGUGUAUCUACUGCGGCUUCUGCCAGGAGGCCUGCCCUGUGGACGCCAUCGUUGAGGGCCCCAACUUCGAGUUCUCCACGGAGACGCACGAGGAGCUGCUCUACAACAAGGAGAAGCUGCUCAACAACGGGGACAAGUGGGAGGCCGAGAUCGCCGCCAACAUCCAGGCCGACUACCUCUACCGGUGACCGGCCCGCCGGCUGGCCCGAGGUCCCCUUCUGCCUAAUAAAAGAGCUCUGACCUCC